AAAUAGUUUAUUUAACUUUUCAGUUGUUCUAAUUAUUCAAUUAAUUUAUAUCAAAUAAUCACAAUUCAAAGUUAUUUUCAUAAAGUUGAGAUAUAGUUUAAUACAUUUAAUACAUUUUAAAGAAAUUUAAUACUGAAACUAUUCUAGAAAAAAGUGAUUAUAAUGUUCGUGACAAUUCCUGUUUUGACUUUUAGGUUACGUGUUUUCGAAAGAAAUGAAACGUUUUAUUUUAAUCUAAAUAUUUGUUUUAAAAAAGAUAUAUAACAAUGGUGGUCUCGUCAAAAAUGCAGUUGAAUUGAAAUUUUACACGAAAUUUAUUUGAAACCCUUUCAAUUGGAAUUUUGUUAUUUGAUAUCUUUUCAAUUUGUUCGCAUUAGAUUCUCGCGUGUUUAUUGAUUUCAAAAAAGAGGCAAAAAAAUAAUUGUCCGAAACGUUGGAAAUAAUAUUAACAGAUUUUUCAAUUUUUAAACGUGUAUACGCGGUUUCGGGAGUGUCGAAUUGUUAAAACCGCGAUCGUUUAAUAAGUGAAAAAAUAAAAUUUUUUUCGAUAUACGAAAGUGUAAUUUUUUUUUUUAUUCGCUUCAGUGUUUUGAAAAGGCCAAUAUUGAGAGCAGUAUUUCGAGAUGGAAAAUCAGAAAGAAGAUAACUAUUUUAAGAUUAUUCAACAUGCACACAAAUUAGUGAUCAAGGAAUUUCAAAUGAGCGAAGAGAGUGAGGAGAGAGGUUGUCGUCGUAACGAGAUACCAAUGACGGAUUGGACAUGAGUUGGUCGCCCAGAUGGUCGCCAUUGCGGGUUCUGAUUUUCAUUCUUCUCGUAUACAGCACAACGAGGCCAAUAAUGGCAAUGGAAGAAUCAAGUCUUCCUCAAUUAAUAGUACCUGCUUCCCAUACGGCACUAUCUCGCGACUUGACAGUAAUGAUUUUGGAUUUACCAUCAGUCACUCCUUUAGGAAUACCAGAAAUUUUAAAAAAAUCAACAACGACGACAACGACAACAACAGAAAUUCCAAUAGAUGAAGAUAGUGAAGAAUAUGAUUUGGAUACAAUUGAAGAUGAUAUUCAAACACCCUAUGUUCUUAGAGUUUUGAGACUAGAUGAAUUUACAUCGGAGUUGGUUGGUCAAGUUCCUGUUGAAACUCAUCCUCCUACAGGUGGCAAUCUUUCCCUAACUAUACCCUGUGGUUUCUUCUCCCGUGGAGGUACCUAUUCUAUUCGUCUUCAAUCAAAGUCCGAUCCCCCACCACCGAAAUUUGCCAAUAUUGCAAAUCUACACCAAGUUCAGAUGAGAUCAACUUUGGAUGUAAGAUGGCCGAUUCCUUCUCUAUCUAUAGAACCACAACAUUUGGAAACUUAUCCUAUUCAACCAGUUCUAGCAACUUUGGAAUAUACAGGAGUUUCCUGUCAACCCACCCCAGGGGUUCCAAUUACAACUUAUUCAUUGCAGCUCAUUUUUUGUGGCGUCAGUGUUCUGUCCUGUGAUCCUAGAAAUAAGACACUCGUACAGAUGCUUUAUACCGAAGAGGUAAAAGGAUUUCCAGCACAGAAGGUCGUAAAGCUACGAUGUGAAUUUUUCGGUUUGGCCGGACAUUACGCUCUGAGGCUGAAACCCUCGGAAGCUAAUCCUAAUGCCCCAACUACCAGUGCCUAUAUUAAGGUGGAGUGGUCCGAACAAUUUGUAUUUAAUGUUCAUGCACGAUCUGUUUAUCCAUGUGAUUCAGGAUCAGGUGGUGUCUCAGUACUUUUUGAAUAUCCAUCUUGUAGACUACCUGAAGAUCGUGUGAGAGUAUACGGACGCCUUAGGGCAGACGUCGCGUCGCUUGCACCACCUUCAUCCCUUCAUUACGUUGCAGAAUUGAAAGCGCCUCCAGGAAAACAUACAUUGACCUUCGACUGUGACAUUUUCACCGAGAGAUUCGUGGAGUAUUGCUUCGUCUAUGUUAGCCAAGCAAUUACUGGUGCAAUGGCCGAAGUUAGAGUCGAUUGCAUUCCCACAUUUCCACUCGAAGAAGGAGAUGCUGGAGGUUGGGGUCCUUGGAGCCAAUGGACUCCUUGCAGUAGUUCUUGCGUCGGCGGAACAAGGAAUCGUUAUAGGUUUUGUGACAGUCCACCCCCAAGAUAUGGAGCACAAUUCUGUCAGGGCAAGGCUGUUGACUCAGAGGCUUGCGGUGGUACAGCACAGUUGGAUCUUCAUGGAUCUUUAAGCCAAGGCGAUUGGGAGUGUCGCCAUGGUCGAGGUUUAGCGGCCGACAGACCGGAAGUGACUGCCGAAGUCGGUACCAAAUGUAGAUGUGGAUGCGUACUGAAUAUGAAUGCAAACAAGAUGAGAACGAUUCUAGCGGCAAGCACUCAGGCAUGUCCUGAGCGUUCCUUUUGGCUUAUUCAGGCUUCCAAAGAGAAUGUAAUCAGAUUGAAUCUGGAUCAAGCAAAGUUUCCAUGUCCAGGGCAAUACGUUCGUGUUCGUGAUGGGGAUUCCCUUAGCGCUGAACUUCUCGUCGAUGUUGCUUUUGACAGAAAAGAACCACCAAGUGGUGCGAUCGUUUCUUCUGGUGAAACUUUACUUCUUGAGUUUUUUAGCGAUGGAAAGAUGGCUGAAGGUGAAUCUUGCAUUGGUGGUUUUCUCGCUCAUUUAUUGAUGAUCGGGAAACCACAUGGGGAAAAUGAAACCACAUUACCAACAACUGUAUUUCUGAAACCGACAAUCAUUGCUGCUGCUGGCAGAUGGGCUCAAUGGCUUACACCAGCUCAUCUUUUUGCAGCAUCUCUUUUGCUUUUGACAUUUUUGGCAUCUGUUUUUUUGGCGCUACAGUACGCUCUCAAGUAUCGCAAAUAUCACAUUGCAGAGGAUCUGGAUAGUCUUGCUGAUAAUUCUUCUUGCAGCGAUGCUGUACCGGAUUCACGGAGAGUGAGAACAAUGUCUUCAUCAACUCUAAUUUCUGAAGUAGUUUCGUUGGUUCGAUUACCCAUUAGAGGUACUACGAAGCAUACGAGAUUAGAAGAAACGCCCGCUGAUGUUGAAGAUGGUUACGAAAGUAAUGAAACUCAAGCGGACGCUGAAGAAGAGCAAAGUACUGAAUCGGGCACAAAGAGAAAAAAGGAAGUGGAAGAGAAUGGAUCGGAAAAAACUCUAGUACCAAGUGCAGGAAGCACACCGAUAAGAAGACCAUCGACAUCGAAUUCGUCUUCGGCUUCUGGACAACCAGAGGUCAAGUACGCUCGUCCAGUUAAGCUUCGUACUGUGGGUCCAAUAAGUCCCGUUUCGGAAGAGGCACUCACAUCCGAAGACAGCCGACGAUACAGUUCAACCAGUGCUUCAACCAGUUUGAAUAAUGUAAGACCCUCUCACCCAAAACCAACUAACCUACUUCUUCGGACCAAGAGUUUCUCACCUGCCAGUAGCAGUUGUUCAAACGCCUCGACGUUGCGUUGUGGAAAAGAUUCCAAGGAAUGUCGAAAUCGUGAACGUCUUCUACAAGGUCCAGGUUCUGAAUUUAGUCUAUCAAAUCCGGAGGGUGAUUUAGAAAUGGAUUACUAUGAUUACAAUGUAGUAAAUGCUGCAGCAGCUCCUGGAUCUUAUCUUGGAAUGGAUCCAGCUUUUUUAGUUUGGAUUCCACCUUUGGGUUCGGAUGAAUCUGAUAUUUUAGACACUAUAGACGAAAAUUGUCAUCCUGAAGAAAUUAAUGAAUCUAAAGUUGGACUUGACACCGAAGGAGCUUCUUUGACAGCUGAUGAAUAUGAAAAAAUUAAAAUUUCCAAUCAAGAUGAAAAUGAUUUGGAAGAUGAUGAGAUUCUUCCCAGAAGACUCGAUCCUGGUGAAUGUCGACUUCAUGAUGAAAUAAUUACUGAAUAUAGAGCAAGACUGAGGGAAGGUAUGCUUCCAAUUCAUAGGAUUUUGGAGGAAUCGAGAAUUAGAGUCAGUGAAGAAUCUCUCGCUAGUAGGCAAGUUCCUGAUGAUUGUGGCGAAUUAUCGGCUGAUAUUAUUCCUAAUAGAUUACAUUCGGAUCUAGAUUCUCGAGUUGAUGUCUCAUCAAGUAGAACGAUGGGAAGAGGACAGAGAAAAAACAAUCUAGACACUCCAAAAACUCGAAGAGCGAAAGAAAGAAAAAAUAUUGAUUUGGAUCGUGAUCAAUGUGAAGAUAAAGUUGAGAAAAAUGAAAUAUGUAAACCAAAGACUCUAAAUAUUUCAAUGGAAUAUGGCGAUAUCGUGCAGUUAAAUGUUAUCAGUGAAAAGGAUAAGAUAACAACAGUAUUGAGUGGUGAUAUACCAAUGACCGAAUUUUCAAGAAAUAGACAAGAUUCGCCGGUAAAAGUUCACAAGAAAAAGGGCAAAAAAGAAUCAACGAGUGAGAAAGACAUUCAGAGUCCUGAUUAUGGUGUUGAAACUGAUAUUAAAAAAACUUCGCGAGAUUCGUUUUAUGAUCUCAUUGGGGAAGGUGAGGAUAGUAUUAAAUUUGCUGAUGAUGAUGAAGAAUAUAUUGAUAACAAAGCGACAAUUUGAAAACCAAAAAUAAGAAACAGAAUUUAAAUUUUUUUCUUUAAAUUAGAGAUUAGACUAUAAAAUUUAUAAUUUCAAAAAGUCUUAAAUCUCUGAAAAAAUCGGUAAAAGUACAUAAAAUGUAAAUAAUGUAUGGUGACUCAAGUAAUUUUUAUUGUUUACCAAACCUUUCUAAAUUAUAAAAUUUUAAUUUAUUUCGAAAGUUUCCUGAUAUUUUAUAAAGAAGGAACGUAUUUAAAAAAUGUCACCAUACAUUAUAGAUGUUAUCUGUUUAAACAAAUCUUAAUAUUUUUUUAUUCAUAUUAGAAUUAGAUGGACUUAUUGAUAAUCAGCAAUUUAUUCUGAAGAAAUGGAUUAGGUGCAAUGUAAGAUUUUGUAAAAUUUAAUAUAGCUAAUCGUCUAGACUAAUCUUGUCGUUAAAAAGAUCAAAUCAAACUUUAUAAAGAAAAAAAAACACGAUAUAGAGAUAGAAAUUAUUGGAGUUUUUAUCGUGGAUAUUUCUUUUCAUAUACCUAUAUAUAUUAUACGCAAACUAUAUGAUUCAAGACUGCUUCGCUAAUUUUGUGCGCUUGUUACAUUUUUAAUGCGAAUAUUAAGUACAAUUCACAAAACGCCAAUUUUCUAUAUAAUUAUACAGUAAAUUUAUUUAUCAAUGUGCCAAUUAUUUAUUUAUUUAAAGAUUUUUGUUUCUAUUAAUACAUUAUUAUGUUAAUUAAUUAAUAUUGUACAGAAUAUUUAAAAAAUUUAAGACUAAUUUUCCUCAGGCAUUAAUAUUUAUUAAUUAUAUUAUUUUAAUAAUUAUUAUGUGAUGCAAAAGUAUAUUUAAUGUAAAAUAGAUUUUCAAAUUUGUAGGAAAAUUCUUUUAAUAAUGUUUUAAUGUGGAAAAUUGACUGAUAUACGAUUUAGUAAAAAAAAAACAGGGUUUCUUUAUAUUUUGAAAAUUUUAGGAAUUUAAUUUUUAAAAAAAUAUUAUAUUAGCGAGCUACAAAAUUUUUUUAGCUAACUUAAUUGGAUAAUGAGUGUACCAAAAGUGAAGGGUGUAAAAUUUUUGUACAGUACCUUAAAAGAGAAAAAAAUUAGAUAAAAUAGAAUAUUUGAUUUUUGAAUAAA